AUGGUGAUCAAAGCAGUCGUGUUCGAUUUUGGUGGCGUAAUCAUGAGCUACUCCCAGCUCCCCAAACUCUUCAUGAAAAUCGCUGACGAUUUGGGGGUCGACCAUCAGACGUUUUUGAGCAGAAAGGACAAGAUCUUCCAAUUCUUCGUCGGCGACCGUCGGCUAAUGACCGGGAAAAUCUCGGCCGAAGAAUUCGAAGAAGCCGAAUUUCUAGAUUCGCUCAAUCACGCGUUCGGCACCAACCACAAGGAGCCGAUCAGAUGGAUGCAUCACUUUUGUGACCCGAACCUGUUCUCUUAUCACAAACCGAUCCUGAACUUUAUCGAUGUGCUCCGGGCAAACGGCUUCAAGACGGGGCUGCUGACGAACAAUUUUUAUAUUGACAAGGCCAAGAAAAUCGAAUCCACUCCAAUCGACAAGGCCCUUUUUGAUGCGGUAGUAGAGAGCCGACUUGAAGGCAUCGAGAAGCCCGAUCCAAAAAUUUAUGAGCUCUGCCAUUCGCGUGUCGUUGAGUCCGACUCAAAAAUCGAAAAGCACGAAGUUCUAUUCCUUGAUGAUGUUCAGGAGAACAUCGACGCUGCCGAGCAGUUUGGAUGGAAGGCGGUCCUUGUCUGCAACCCAACCGACCCCCGGAAAGCCCUAGCUCGCGCCCUGGAGCUGAUCAAGGCGGAAAAUGGGACCCAUCUGGAGGUUGAUGUCCAA